AUGGAAAAAGAUUUUAUAGCUUUAGUAAGGAGAUAUUGUGAGUUUCAGCUCUACAGUGACUUGAGUCAUAUAUACGCAACUGAACUUUGUAAUUUGAUGUCUUUGUGGCCUUUUGCAGCUUGGGGAAUCAAUAUCAUUGGGGAGAUAAAGCCUCCUUCAAAUGGUCACAAGUUUAUAGUUGUAGCGAUCGACUAUUUUUCUAAAUGGGUCGAGGCCGAGUCAUUCACUACUGUGAAGGUAAAGAAAAUGGCUAGAUUUAUAGAGAGUAACCUGAUCUACAGGUACGAGGUCCCGCAUCAUAUUAUGACGGGUAAUAGCAUAGAAUUCAUGGGUAAAACAGUAGACCUACUAACAGAAUACAAGAUCAAAUAUCAAAGGUCUUCUCUGUACAGACCUUAG